CUUAUAUAAUAGGACGUAAGUUAAACACAAUAAUUAUGUCAUCUCGGGUAGAUUGUACAAAAAACUUCAAGAUUAUAGUUUCGUGCAUUGCAGAUACGAGUUGUAAUAAUUGCUUGAUCCACCUAAAUUAUAGAAUUGAAAACACAAUCCUAUAUAGCAAUAUUCAAACUGCACUGAAAUAACUGUAAACAUAAUAUAUAUAGAUAUUAUUCAGUUGAAAAAUAUUUCUAUAGGUAUUUCAGAGAAUACCUAGCCUAAAAGAUUCAAAUUUCGAUCUUUUGUUCUUAUUUUAAAAUUUACUACGCCUUUUUCGUAUUAAAUGCUUGAAAGUAACUUUUUUCUUGAGUGAGGUUUUGAAUUUAUUUGACUGGUUGUCUAAAUUCAGUCAAUCUUAUAUAGCUUAAAAGAUCAUUAGAAAAACCUAUGAAAAACACUCCACACUCUAAUCCCACUGAAAGAAGGAAACCUAUUAGUAAUUGUUUGAAGUUAUAUACCAUUGAUGAUAUAUGAUUUUAACUCGAGCUAUACACGAAGUAACUAUAGCUAUAUAUGUAUAACUGUAACUAUAGCUAUCAAAUAUUUCUAUAUCAGCUAAGUAAUUGCCUAAAGGUUUUCAAAAUUGCAAAAAUAGAAUUGAAAACAUAUACAUAGUGAAUGAUCGAAUAAUGUAUGACCAAUAAAGGAAACAUGAAUAUACCAUGUAUAUCAGUGGUCUCCAACCAAAGUGCAUGCUAUCAUUUUGUAAAUCUCUACAAUGUUAAGUAGGAAAAGUAUGCUAUUCUUAUCUUAUAUAUCUUUAACCUAAAACAAAAUUUAUAGUAAUUUGUAUGCAUUUCAUGGUUUUUGUGUAUACUAUGUUGUAACUGACGGUGUUCUAACUUCUAAACUGAUUUUCUUUCCUGUUUAUAUUUUUAUACCAUGCAUCCAUGCAUUUGCUAUUUUUAUUCGUGGUUCAAACUUCAAUCCCUUUUUAUAUCAGUAAAUAUUCUUUCAGGCUACAACAGGCUAUAACCAUGCAUGUAUAUAGUUUUGUGUAUGUUAAUGUCAUGAUAUAUACGCGAGUUUAAGCCUAAUUGCCAUGCACAGGCUAUAUUAAUUAACCAUGAUUACAACAGGUUAUAACCAUGCCUAUGGCAACAAGCUAUAUCAUCAUGCAUGCACUGAUGCUGAGUGAUGCAAACUAUAGGUCAAUCUUACGGUCAAUACUUCCUUACCACGUACUUUAGGGACUGGACAUAAAGUAACUGCUAAGGUGGGCUGGAGGUAACUGAUCACAAAUUUAAUUUGCCAAUAAGUUCGGUGACCCAUCUUAGGAUGUAGAUAAAAUUUCAAAGCCCAUCUAAUCUUACAAAAAAAUUUUCAUGACCCACCCAAUCUAAAUUGGGAAAAUACACUUUUAUAAUAAAAAAACUUGCAGGUAUGAAAAUUGUAAAAUAUACACGGCACUGUAUUGACAUACAUAAUUCCACCAAGCUUGACCAACACAUUGAUACUGAGCUGCUCUCCAGUUGGUUGUAUUUGCUGUGAUUCGACCACUUCUUGUUGUUGUAUAAGCAAAGUACUGGCUUCAAUAUAGCAUCAUUUGUAUUUGAUAAUUUGGAUAGUUUUGUUUAUUAUUAUUACUAUCUUUAUUUUUGAAGUAGACAUGCAUGGGUUUUUGUUUGGUGGCUCAACCGUGGACAUACAAAAAGAUUGGCGGCCCAUCGAUUGGAAACUGCCCAAAGACUCCAUGGCCCAUCCCAAAUCACUCCAGCCCACCUACUUUAUGACCGGUCCCUUAUAUGAAAUAGUUUCAAUUAAUCUAUAUAUAAAGUUAUACCUAUGUCUUGAUGCACUACUUUUGACAAGUUUCUUUUAUUUAAUUUUUCUCUGAUGUCUUUGUGUUUUAAAUUAAGCAUCUCUGGGUUACGCAACUGAAAUUAAUAAAUAGAAUACACUCUUUAAUUAAAAGAUCAUGGAAAAAAUACGUAAAUUAGCUGCACGAUAUAUAAUUGAUUUGGAUAUAAAAAAUUACCAACCAAACAUUCAGACUUUUUAAAAAAGUUGUAUGUACACUAUAGAUUUUGUACUAUUUGUACAAUAGGUUUUCAAAUGAAUCUUAGUGUGAAGGUUUAAGUAUUUUUCUCUUUCAAUAUCAUUUCCAUUAUUGAUAAUAUAUAAUUACAGUUUAAUUAUUAUGAAACAAUUUUGACGCAGGUUUACACUACAGUGUGUAUCAAAAUAAUUCGAAUCCAAACUUGACAGACUGCUGUUUAUAAAAUACUAAAGUAAACCAUAUAAUUUUUAUAUGGCAAUAAAGAAUAGCCUAUUAGGUUUCCGAUUAUAUCGUUCUUAUAUCAAUAAGAUCAAAAAUGACCAAGAAAUCGUGUGUUAAAACUGGUUGCUCGAAAUCAAAUUUUUCCGCCGAUGGGAAUUCGAAGUGAGACGUACAAACAAAAGAUAAUGCAAAUUUAAUUAAUCAACAAACUGUUAUGUAGCAAAAUUUACAUAAAUUCAUGUUCAUUUAAAGAGAUUUAAGCUCCUAUGCUUUCAACAUGUUGAACGAGAAGAAAUUCGCGUUAAAUUUGCAUUUUAGUUUUCAGUGAUGAUUAGCAUUUCAAAGCCUUGUGGGACUAACUUUGAAAGAAAAAAUGUCCAAUUCCCAUCGGCGGAAAAUUGUGAUUUUUAUGGACUUUUUUUGUCAAAGCAAUACUCCUUCAUUUUCCAACUAAAUGACGCGUACAGCAUGUCAUUUGAAAGAUAAAUAAAUGAACUUAACAAUGGUGUUAAAACCAACCGAAUUUGUCAAAUAUAUUCUGCGUUAUUACACGCCAAAUUUGGAUUCGAAUUAUUUUGAUACACACUGUAUAUUAACGUUUCUGUGUUCAGUUUCUAUGUUCAGUUUUUAAAAUUGCGAGAUAGAAAACAAUUUUGUUAAGUACUUGGGAAGACAUGCAUAUACGCGGAAGGGCACGACAUUUAUGAAACGUCAAUAAAGGUACUUAUAUAUAUAAGAGUUCUCCUCCCUUCACAAUUAGAAUAAAUUAUAUUGUGUUUGCCUGAGGAUUACAAACAAAUUUAAAACUAUAAUUUGGUGCAUUUAGCAUGUUUUGGUUUAAAAAAUCAAAUCGUCGCCAUCCAUUUCACAACUUUGAAUAACCCACAAUCCUAAUUAUAUAUUAUGUUUCUAGCUUUUCAGAUCAUAGAAUAGAACAAAGGUGUCUAUAUAAGCAUUACAAUUAUGUUAUAUAUUUAUAUAUAAGUUGUCUAAGAUAAUUCUAUAGUAACUUACUAUAGAAAAAAGCCUGCAUGGUUUCCAUAUCUGGUCGUAAUGGUUGUAUUGAAUAGAUUCACGAUCUUUCUCAACGGCCAGUUUAUAAUAGUUUAUACCUGUAAACCUUACCACAUAUAAGUCAUAAGUCUAUAAUUAUAUAUAAUCACUCCUCCUAUUUUCAGUUCUAACUAAUUCGACUGAUGAGAAAGAUCGUGACUCAAUCUUUAUUCUUUACGACCGUUACGACCGUAUGGAAACCAGGCUUAGUAUGCCUAUAGAUAUACCUAAUUUGCAUUAGAAAAAUAAUAACUAUGUAUUUGCAUGUGAGUUUAUAUUAAAUGUGGUUGUGAAUUGGGUAUAAACAAAUCCAAUAGAUUUUGUCUAUUCGUAUCAUCGUUCAUGCUAGAGAAAAUUCAUAUAUGAUACUAUAAACAAACCAGUACUGUUCUGCAGUCAAAUGAAGGACUUUCGUGUAUUAUCCAUUGGCAGUCUAUUGUAAUGUCUCGCUGAUGCUAUUAAGUUUAAUUAAACUAUACAAAAUAAUAUGGUUUACUAUAAAUAGAGUAAAUAUUCGGUUUAGUCAUGCAACUCGAUCGGCACAAUAUAGAUCUAUAUAAUACAAUUCUGCUUCCGAUUGAAAUCAUGGAAAUACGUCAAUACAAGGCCAAAACCUAUCCUGCUAUUCCACUUACAUGCACUUGUUGACAUAUUCAAAUUAAUCGACAUACUUCACUGAUAUUGACAUAAAGUGACCUAUAAUAUAUGUCUGUGUUCGUUUGAUAUCAAAACUACAGUUCUUCUACAGGCUUUUCUGAUAUUACUAUUACACGAUGCAGAUGAAAAAGGGCAAUGUCAUUCCCUCGUGUGAAAACAUUGAAAUCUUUAAUGUGUAGUCUUGACUACAGGUAUACAUCUUUUACAAUUCGCCCACAUACCCGUGGGCAGUGCAUGCAUGGGUGAGAUAUAAUUGCCUUAAGACGUCAUUGAAAUUACGAAUAUACGACAUGAGAGACUGAGAAUCUUUAUACAGUUGUACAAAACCGCCGGUAGACACGCACGUCAUGCCAUGGGAUCAUAUUUUAUAAGGGAUAAGCUUGCACUUGGCACAAAGCCUGCAGAAAUUGACUGCUUGUUUAUGAGAAUAAACAUCUAGGGAUUUACCAGACAGUUUUUGGUGAAGAGAAUGGCAAACAGUAAGUCAAAAUCUUAUAUACAUGUGGAUUUCUAAAUACUUAUAGGAUUCCUAAAUAUAGACCAACUAUACAUAUAUAUGGAUUCUAAAAUGUGUUAUUAAUAUUUGGGAAGGGCCAUGUAUAUUUGUAUAUGUUAUGGAAUGUUUUUAAUAUUGUAAUAUUGGAGAAAUAUUACAAUAUUUCUCUAUUGGAGAAAUAUUACAAUAAUGAUGUAUGCAUGAGAUUUGAAAGGGAUUUACAGAAACAUUUUAUGUGAAACGUGAAAUACUUAGUCUAUACUCCAUAUAGGGUUCUUGAUUAUAGGCUGUGCAUGUGAUCACCUAUAGUAUUCUCCAUUUUGAAAGUAAAUUGCUUCAGAGAAAUUAUAUCAUACGUCUUAUUUACUUGAUGCAUGUACAAUGGAACAAUAUUUUACUAAUUCAUCUUAUACAUAAAUAUAUAUGGAAUAGAAAUGAAUUUUUGGGUUUAACAUAUUUGUAGUAGAUUAAGAACAAGUUAUAUAUUUGUGGGAGAAUAUAUCUUUCUUGAUUCAUUCAUUCACAUCGAUAGUUGUAUUAUAAUUGAAGCCAUAUAUAUAUACAUGUAGAGAGAGAUGACGAGCAUUCAUUAUACAUGCAAGGAAUAUAUUUCAAACUAAGACCCCACCUACAACUGGCUGGAAUCAUUUGGUGAAUGUGUAAACUAAGUUAAACUUUGCUUUAAAUACUUUGUUUACUGUCAUUUUAAUCUUAAUCAAUUCACACUACUAAAUAUUGUUGAAAUAUUUGACAAAACAUUAAAGUUCUUAAUAAUGGUACAUUUACCUAUUGUCUUAUUGCAGUGUAUAAAACUGGAUGAAAAACUGGAAGAACAUUUUAAGUGAAAGUUGACAAUAUGUUUAUUGUUUAAUUUGUUUACCUAAAAUAUCGUAGCAACAACCACGACGAAUUCGAUAGAAAAGUACUAAAAUGAACAUUGUUAAAUAAAUGCUUAAAUCUGAUACUUAUAAUUAAUAUUUAUAUAAAACCAUCCUUAGAAUUCACUUAAUCAACAUUUUAUUAUAUUUAUUAAGUAAUUGCAUUCCAUUUAUUUUGUGAAUAAAAGCUAUUCCAUUUGUAUUGUAUUUUUGAUAUAUCAGAUCAAUAUUGUGCAAUUUUGACUCUAAUUUUUGGCAUAUAUGAAAUUAAGAUUUGCAAAACAAUUAAUGCAUGAAACAUUAUCAUCACUGGAUCGUGAUUAUAGAUGGCAUAAUUGUUAUAUAUAGGAUAAGAAUUAUGCAAACUUCCCUUUGUGGCAUUGAGCUGAGAACUAGCUAGACGCAUGCAUAUACGAAGAUGUAUUCCACAAGCUCAUUUCACGUAUAAAAAUAUAGACUCCUCUGUAAAAACGUAUUAUAUAAAUGACGUUUAUUAAUUUAUAAUCUUAUAAUUAUAACCUUCACCAGAACUGGAAAAAAUGUUUAAUAUUCCUCGCAUCCUGAAUUUGUUUUUUUUUUCAAAUUAUGUUUGUCAGAUAUGCUUAAAAACAAUAGGAAAUUUGACAGCACAUUUUUCAUAAAUUGACAGUACAUUACAUCAAAUUUGAACAUUGUACAACAUUUUACCAUCUCAAAUGACAAAUAAGGAAGUAUGAUAACAAUGAAAUUUUAAAUGUUCCUCAAUCUUCUUGCUAAAGAAAAUUUUCUUUAGCAUCCAGGAUCUCGAUAUUCCACUUUUCUGGUCUGCCAGUUAUAUUAUAUCUGAAAACAAAUAUAAGAAAUUUUGUGUGAGAAUUACAACUGAGAAGAUAAAAAAGCCAUGUAUCCAAUUAUAUAAUUUAUUUUCCUUUCUUUUAGCGAAAGUGAGAAAGCCAUGGCAAAGCGGACAAUAUACAGUAUACCUCUGGGAGUUCUUAUUUGGUUUACUCCAGGACCCAGAAUGCUGUUCGCUGAUCACAUGGACAAACAAGGAGAGCAAAGAAUUCCGUAUCAACAAUGCACAUGAAAUUGCAACAUUGUGGGGCACGGUUAAAAACCGACCAACAAUGAAUGAUAAAAAAUUACUCAGAGCUCUCAGAUAUUAUUACAAAACGAAAGUACUCAGAAAGGUUGGAAGAAAAAAAUAUUUACAACUGUAUAUACUUUCCAAUAGAUAGGUCUAGAAAAGAUUGAAUAAACUAUAAUUUAUAUUCACUCUGUAACAAAAGUACCUCACCUUACCUUACCUUACCUUACCUUACCUUACCUUACUUGCCUUCCUCUUUUUCAACGUUCGUUAAUUUAUAUCGCAUAACAUUUCUGUCAAACCAUUUACUUUACUCUCUAUAUGUUUUAUUUCUCCGACUAAUUAUUUAAUCAAAACAACACCAGUUUUAGGUAUUUUUGCAUGUGUAACUUAAUCCUAAUAGGCAAUUCCAGCUUUUAGCCUUAUGCGUGCAGGGGGGGGGGGAUGGGAAGUAAGGUAUAAUAUUGCUGAUUAUGCUGGAAAAAUAAAAGAGUGAUAGCUUAUACUUGUAAAUAUUGAAAUAUUUCGGUUGUUUCGGCAGUUUUUAUUGAAAUUUUUCAGCAUAAUCAGCAAUAUGAUACCUUACUUCCCGUCACCCCCUGCGCGCAUAAAUUAAAAGCUGGAAUUGCCUAUUGAUCGAGUCACAUCAGUCAGUUAACGUUGUAUUACUGCAUGCAUGCUUUAAGUUUGCUGUUUUGAAAAUUACAAAAUUUUUAUGCCUUGUUGAAACAAGUAACAGGAGCUACCAGGAUAAAACCUUUUAGAUGAACCAAAUACUUCUGCUCUUUAAAAAACCCAUAAUAAAACAAUAACAUAUAUGAUGCUUCAGUGUUAAGUUCAUAAAUAAUUAAUCAGGUUUUGACCAAUCAAAAGGACUACAGUGAUCCAAGAUUGGGUCACAUGUUCAGCCUUUGUAAUAAGAUCUAUGCAAAUGAAUCAAUUCAUAUGCAAACUAUAAACGAGCGCCAACAGUUGAUUUGCAGCUCGUUUGUUACAACCCCUCGUGGUGCACGUUUGCAUCAUAUUUCAUCCAUUUUAGAAUUAGUUAGAAGAUGCACGUCCGUAUUAAUUGUGUCGAAUAUAUCAUCACUCGCCGGUCUUCGCCUCAUUACAAUAGAGCGUUUGCACAUAACGUCACAGCCGCCAUAUUGAUGUUGCAAUUCAAAAUAAUUUUAAUUAGACUCUUUUGUCUGGAACACCAACAUGGCCACCAUGGCUUUGUUCAGUUGGUCCCUGGGGAAUGAGUGCAAACGCUGUAUAUAAUGAUUGCACCACAGACGUUAAUGUUGUAAACGAUAGGUGCAGCACAACAAUAACUGUAAAUUGUGUAUUUUCCAGGUGAAAGGACAUAAAGGUGUUUAUCAGUUUUUAUCUAUACCGUACGAGACGGAAGGCUGCGACCAGGAGGUGAAGGCCUCUAGUAGUACACCAACCUUGGUUAGUUCUCCUGAACACAGUCUUGCAGACUUCCAUGCGUUAACAUCAGAUUGCAAUGAAAGACUAACUGAUCGUCGUGAAAUAGAGGCGAACAAUCAGGCAGCAACCGUAGGCUACCGGGAAAAUACGGAAACCAAUCGUGGAAGGAAAGUAGACAAUCGCGAACAGGCGGACGAUAGCUUCGAUGAAUCAUCCCAUUCGAGAGAAGAAAGUUGGUCGAGUGAUAGUAGUUCAAAAAGUUUGGAUGAACUACAAGCAGACUUACUAAAUACCGAUGUAUUUGACCAUCCUGCCGAAACUAUGGAUUUUGUGUUUGAUGAUGACAAUGCUGUAGGGAUGUGGCAGAAUGGAGAUCUGUUGAAUUGGCAGAAGUUAUGACGAUUUAUUGUCUGCAUUAUGAAGCAACGAGAUAAAUAAUGCAACAGAGACGUGGAGUAUAUCUGUCAGUGAUGAUAAAUUUCUGCACACAACAUGCAUGCACAACCCACAAACGCACCUACGGAAAUAAAAGAACAUAUAUACUGUAUAUAAUAUAACAACUGGCAUACAAGAACGUUGUGUAAAUAGUACAUACUGUGGUGUAACUAAUAAGAUUUUAUCCAAAGAGUUCUUUCACUUGUUUAAUUUAAUUAACUGAAUUAAGCUCAAUUAUUUUAAUUUAGCAUAUGCAGUUGGGUGGUUGCUCAACUGCGGAUAUUCUUGUAUUCACAUCCGGGCCAAAACCAAAUGUCUUCCCGUUAUGUUCCACUGAGUUACAGACGAGCAAAUCAGUUGUUUUACUAAACGAAGCUGCGGUUCCGCCCAACACGAAGACUGAAGCCACAAAGUUAUUUUUUCAACAGUGUAUAAAAGUAUUCUUUAAUGAAGUUAUUUUUUGAAUAAAAUAACUUAGUACUAAGUUUGCACAGGUAUAGUAAACACUGUUCUGCAAUUUACAACUAUUACUGGCGCUGUAACACAAAUUGUUUUAAAAGUAUUUUGGUUGUUUUUUCGGUCAUUUUCGGGGGGUUUUAAUUAUGGUACAUGCUGAAACGUCGAGGUGAAUUUCUUUGCACUAUUCAACUCUACUUUGGGUGAAUAAUUGUUAAAUAGUAACACACUUAUCUAAAAGGUAGACUAUAUUAUAAAAUUAUUGCGUUACAUUUUAUCACAUUAGAAGCAACAUGUACAUUAUUUUAUACGACUGCAUUUUAAAUUUGAAAAAAAAACAAGAUAAUGCUAUUUCCAACGGUUAGAAUUUUUUUAGUAAUUAGCUAUAUAGCGUAUACAAGUGAAAGAUUACCAAAGUUAAUUUUUAGAUUUGAAAUGUAGGAUAGAAUAGGACGGUGUAACAGCUGGGUAUGACUAAAAAGGGAGCCACGCGCACUUUUCAGCAACCACGCCCAGUUUCUUAACUCCCCUGAUGUUUCCUUUCAACUAACACGAGAAUGUUUAGUUUGAUGUGAACUCUUUUCCAUCAAACCAUAAAAAGAUUGGGGGAGAGUUAACAUAUUUCUAACUCUCGUUGUUAUAGGCGAUUGUUAAGAGUUGUUCUUCCGGUAACCCAGUGAGCUAACUUACCCCUACACAAAUACUUUCUCGUAAUUUUUUGUAGAGUAUCCUAUUUCAUAGUGCUCUACUCUUUGCUCAGCUAGAAUAAGGAUUUGAGUAAAUGCUGCUCAGCCCAGUCUUAGCCAGGCUGGAACAGCAUGGCUGAGACGGUGUGCGGCGGAGUUCGACCCACGUAAACGAAGGGGCGGGAAGUCUGGGUUGGCCGUUCUCCGUACAGACCGUUUUAAAACUAAGAAAGAAGCGUGUACUAUGGCCAAACUCAGUAUUUAUAGGCAUCUAGCAGUGUAAUGAAUUCAUUUACUAACAUUCAUUUAAAUUAAUAUGGGUUAUUUUCGCAUAUUCAAAUUAAUUCAAUCUUCGCAUAUUAAGAGCACUAUUAUACUACUUCAUGAUUCAUCAUGAAAUUGAGUGUGGUUGCUGACGAAAGUGGGCGUUGGCUAAAACUCCACUCUCCAAAAUCUUAACUCUCCAAUAUAAUUCUCUGUACAUUUAGUUGACUUGAGUAACAGUAACACCAUAAAACAAAUUAAUGAUACUUGACUAGUAGCAGGUUGCAAGCAGAUUGGGGUUAUAAAAUAAAGUAGGGAUAUGUGGGGAUAAAACAAGGAUUUCAUUACCUGAUUCGAGAAGAAGACUGCUGUACAAAUAGCGAAUGCCCGAUUGAUAAAUUUUAUCCCGAGACUUGGGAUUUUGGAAGCAGCUGGGAUUUUUUUUGUUUUUAUUUUAAAAAGUCAAUAUCGGGAUUUUUUUGAAUUUCUGAGAAGGCAAGUUUGAAAUCUAGAAAUCGAUUUUUUUGGUAAAAUUGACUAAUAAACAAUAUUGCUAAAAUCGAGGGUUCGUCCAAUCGUUUUUGUAUCCAUGCGAACAAUCGUUUUUGUAUCUAUGCGAAGCAUAGAUACAUUGCUAUCGCGUUGUUUGUGGGUUAAACACUCAGGUCGUGUCCGCCUUAAAUACGUGCCUGCGAACAGCUAGCCUAAAAUUAAAAUUUAAAAACAAAAUGGCUGCUUCUAUUACAGUGAUUUUAUCGAAUUUUAUGUGUACAAAUGUACAUUAUUACAUACUAAUUAUUAAUAUUACAUACUAAUUAUUAAUAUUAGUACAUCGCCAUUAUUAAUAUCUUUUAUCACAAACAACAAUACAAUGAAAAUGUACUGUGUCAAGGUGAGAGUUUGUUUUUUGUCUAAACGUUUGUAUGUGAUUUAAAAUAAAUUUGAAAUGCUGUGAUCCACAUGAAAUUUCCACAGUUAUCGAUCGUAUAUUAAUCAGUCUUUUAUAACACAUUGGCUGUGCUUUAUUGGUCUUACUUGACGUUUCCCGAGGUGAAAGAAUGUUGAGUAACUACGUGCAAGGCAGUUGCACUAAGGACAACAUUGUAUGGGCUAAGGGGCGAGAAAUAUAGUUGUUGUGGAGAAAGUCAUGCUCAACACUGAAAAUGUGUAUAAAUGUGUCAAAGUUUUUGACCAGGAAUGGAUUGUGCCAUUGUGGUAUUAACUAUUUUGCUGGAAAGUAACAACAUUUGAACUCCAACUUGAAAAAUAGUUUUUUAUCUUAUAUUUGUAAUGCUAUAAAUGUAUACUUUGUUGUCUUGAAUUGAAAAUACGAAAUAGUCUUAAUACAUUACAUAGCUGAAAGUGAAAUGCGCUGGUCGAGAAUGCUAAAGUGGAGUGUAAGAGAAACUCUAGAAGUACAAGACCAUUCAUGCCAGAGGUGGGAACUUUCUGGGAGGUACAGGGCAUGCCUCCAUGAAAUUUUAAGUUAGGGUAUUGAUCAUUUUGUUGAUCAUAACUUUCUGCUUUAUAAUCAUAUAACUUUUGUUAAUUAAUGUUAAUUAAUUGUGGUUACUGAAGAAUAAAAUUGUAUCAAGUGUGUUAUAGAGCUAGAGGGACUCCCCAAAAAAAUGCACUGAAAUUUAAUGCAAAAAUCCAACCACAAAUAUAAUCCCAGAAUUGACCAGUUACUACCAGUUCACUGGUCACUACUCAACCUAUCCAAGUUAUCCACCAGUCAUGCAGAUGCUUUAUAAUCUUAUCGAUCUAUUAAGUGAUGAAGAUGAAGCACUUAGCCAUUAACUUUUCAAUCCCCAUCUUCCACAGGAACUAAGGGACCAUUGUCAUUGUUUUAAACAACCUUGUUGAUAUCAAAACAAAAUGGUGAAACUGUUCAUGUAACUAAAAAUCUAAGCCAAUUUCGAACAGUUGAUUUAAAGAAUAGACUGUAAUCUACCAAAAGGUUUUCCAUUGAUUUUGAUCAUUCUUUGUGACAUGAAUCAUGACUCGACGAAUAAGGUUAAUAUAAACAACUACAAAUUCAGGGUUUUUUUUCAUUGCAACAAUGCAAAUUUAAUACUUUGGGCCAAUUCAAUGCUUUGCAUAGAUACAUGUACGCAUAGCGUAACAAUUUAAGCAUAUUACAAAAAAAUUCCCACCAUGAUUUCAUCUUAUCAUUAGCACUUCUGAAGCUAACGAACACACUUUAAAAUAAUUAACAAAUAUGAAUUUUAAUGCUACAGGAGCUCGAUUUCAAGCAACACAAGAAAGCCAAAGCACAUGGGGAGUUUGUUGACAAAAAUCAGAAUAAAAUAGUCCGAAUUAAAUCAAGGCGACUGGGUCCUCACAUACAAUGAUGUUAUGAAUGAAAACUAACUCUUGUAUAGGUUUUUUCCUGACGAGCAAAAAGCAUUUGAUCACCUUACAGAGUCACGUUUCAUCUUGACAUGGGACCUGAGCAAAAGAAAACCCCAUGCACUAACGAGUGAAGAUCUUAGACAUAUGACACUCGAAAUAAUAAAUCCAUCAACAGGAAAAGUUGAAUUUGAAGGGCAGGCUAUAUUCGACACAGCCUCCGAUAUCGCUAGCUUUGGUUAUGAUAGAAAAAUUACCGAAGUAUUGGUUAAUUCAAUGAUUGAAGUGAAUGGUGAUUUGAAGUCAAGUGUCAGCUUAGGAAAACUGAAAUUUAAUGGUAUCGAACUCUCCGAAAUUUAUAACAUAGAAAUGGACGAGGACACGGGUGAUCAUGCUGUUGGAGUUCCGCAAAUGGUACAUUUGCCCAAAUCCAUGGCGAAAAAGGUUAUGAAAAAGAUGGGAAAAACUAUAAUUAAAGCACAGAAGAGAAACAAUUAGGCACACAUGCAAUUCUAACCAGUUGGCUAAGCACUAAUUGUUCUCGGGUGACCUAAGUCGAAGAAUAAGCCGUGGUAUAAUCGUACCGCUUAUUUAUGAUUAUUGGGGUGAGCCUGAGCGAGCCCCACAGUUUGGUGGCUCAUCAAGCUUGAGCGCAAUGUAUUAUGGUGCGUUCUACGUACAUACACGGAACUUUUCUUACAGUGACUUAAAUCCUACCGGCCUUUCGCCACGCACCGGAUAUUUUGAGAACUUUCAGUCCCACAGUGAUUUACAGUAAAUUUUACGGGCCUUUCGCCUCUCACCGGCUGACAAUUUUUCAUGCGACAUGCGAUGAAAUAUAUUCUUCAUGCCAGAUAACAAAUGGAAAUUGGAAUGGUCAGUAUUAUUUUACAGUGGUCAGUAUUAAGCACAUCACAAUUUUACUUUAGUCGAUUUCUGAGUGAGUUGCGGUUCAAAUUCUGAUCCAAAGCCCGAUUUCGAUUUGAUUUUGGGCUUAAUAUUCUGUAAUUCUGUUAUUCUUCUCUAAGACUAUGAAAAAAUGACCUUAUUUGCAAGUUUUUGCAAUCCGGCUCUGUAUAUAGGUAUGUAUUAAAUGUUUUGUUUGCAUGCAGUGCAUGUAUGCAUCUGCUAUUUUUAGUGAGCGUGCCAAAAAUCAUGCAUUCAACCAUUUCUAUAUUAUUUAUUUCAAUAUUUCAUGCAUGAAAGAUUGAAAAGAUUGUGAUUUCAAUAACGUGUUUAAUUUUUUCUGUGCUGGUGUUGUGUACUCAGGUGAAUAAUAUGUUUGUGAUGUUACUCUGAGUGCUAUCCACACCGGGCGAGCUUGAAAAAUAUGCCCUGAGUACACAACACCAGCACAGAAAAAAUUCAUAUUACAAGAACACAUUGGUAUUGAAGGAACUAGAUACUGUUCCGAAAUAUCACUUACUCAAACCGUCCUGACCGCGUAGCUCAGUUGGAAGAGCAUUGGGCUAGUAUUCCAAAGGUCGUAGGUUCGAAUCCCACCGUGGCCGGGCAUAUUUUUCAAGCUCGCCCGGUGUGGAUAUCCACUCAGAGUAACAUCACAAACGUGUUUAAUGUUUUAACAAAAUAUCAAAUAUAAAGCCUGUUCUAAACGUCGCAUUUUUCAUGCACCGAAUGCAUUCAAAACAAUGGUUAACUGGCCUUCGUUCACCAUACUUACCUGUUUGGAUGGUGAGGUGUUAGCCCGGGUGACCAAGGGGUGGCCUGGAACGACUACUGGCCUUACUGUUACUUGGACUCGGGUUAAGAUCCAUGCCAGUGGUAUCUUGAGCAGACCACCCCCGCAAGGCCAACACCUUUGCAUGAACUAACAAUUGGUGGAAAUAUAAAUGAGCAGGAGAAAAAAACAACUUUGUUCCUGAUACGUCUUCUACACUUCUAACGCACAAUGGUUACUAAUACCACCAAUGCGCGGUCAAGCUAUUAUUACGUAUGCGCCCGGCCCCCUUUUUGGUCACAUCAUCAUGCUGACGUAACGAGGCUUGGUUCCCUAGCUGUUAACCUUUGUUAUUGCAUAACCUCAUAUAAUGAGGCAUGUCAGCUGAUCAUCUAUUGUUUUGAAUGCAUUCGGCACAUGAAAAAUGCGACGUUUAGAACAGGCCUUAUUAUUACAUGGAUAGAAAUACAAUUCCCAACAUUACUCUAAUACUACGAGUUUUAUUCCUUUGAACAAAAUAUCAAAUAUAAUACACGGAUAUUAAUACAAUUCCCAACAUUUAUAAUACUAUGGCGAGAUUUGCCUUUGAAAUCUCGAAACUACAUUGUAAUGCGGCCAAUGAUAGUUUAAUUAAUUAAAGUGCGGAAACAAGAAAGAUUGACAUUAGCAAUCAUUGUUGCAUGAUCAUGUAGUUACUCGCUAUCCACUAUCGUUUCUGGCUAUCGUUGCUCUUGCUCAUCCUCGCCCCAUGAUCAGCAUGCGUAUAGCAUCUCUCUAGUGAAUUCCCAGUCAUGUGUGGUACGUACUUACGAAUAAAGAUGCAAGAAAACAUUUUCAGUAUUUUGCAUUUAAAUUAAGCCGCUGUUACACUAUGCAACUUGUCUCACAUCUUGUCUCCCAAUGUUUAGAAAAAACAUUUCAGCAUUGCAUUGCAUUGCAUUGCAUUGCAUUGCAUUGCAUUGCAUUGCAUUGCAUUGCAUUGCAUUGCAUUGCAUUGCAUUGCAUUGCAUUGCAUUGCAUUGCAUUGCAUUGCAUUGCAUUGCAUCCAGGUGAUCUCGUGUUCGUAUUUUAGCCAAUCAGCGCUCAAAAAGGGUUAUCCGAAUAGAAAUCCAUUUUGAUGUAUUCAGUCAAUUAUAUCUUUCAUUAUUCUUUAUGAAACUAGUUGAAAUUUUGUGAUUAUGUUUGGUUAUGAGAACUAUGGCUCUGAUAAAAAUAUGGAAUCGAAAUAAAGUAUAUUACAGGAGAUAUUCAGUUGUUUUAAUCAUAAAAUGGAUUUCUAUUUGACAACUAGUGCCAGUACUUUUCCGCGUAUCAAGAUCACCUGGAUUGCAUUGCAUUGCAUUGCAUUGCAUUACAUUGCAUUGCAUUGCAUUGCAUUGCAUUGCAUUGCAUUGAAUUGCAUUGCAUUGCAUUGCAUUGCAUUGCAUUGCAUUGCAUUGCAUUGCAUUGCAUUGCAUUGCAUUGCAUUGCAUUGCAUUGCAUUGCAUUGCAUUGCAAGCGAUGAUACAUGCACCAAGUAAUAUAGUCCACUAUAUUUUGCAUUGCAUUGCAAGCGAUGCCACAAUUGCAUUGCAUUGCAAGCGAUGAUAGACCAAGCAAUAUAGUCCGCAAUAUAUGAUUGCGAUGCAUGUUACACCUUGCAAUUUCGCGUUUACAUUUAGAAAAGGGGUAUAAAUCUUGCAGGGUUAUUCAUAGCGCCAGGGUUAGGUUAGUAUAUCGAUUUUGGGUUAGUAUAUCGAUUUUAAUUGUUUUUGUUUGUGGAAACAAACAAAAAAACACACAAUUAUAUCAAGAUCAAUAAAACAAUUAUAUUGGAAACAAUUAAUAUUAUUAUUAUUAUUAUUAUUACAAUAUAACAAUAAUAUUAUUAUUAUUACAUUAAUAAUAUUAAUAAUAAUAAUAAUAAUAUUAUAUUAUUAUAUUAUUAUAUUAUUAUUAUAUUAUUAUAUUAUUAUAUUAUUAUAUUAUUAUAUUAUAUUACAUUACAUUACAUUACAUUACAUUACAUUACAUUACAUUACAUUACAUUACAUUACAUUACAUUACAUUACAUUACAUUACAUUACAUUACAUUACAUUACAUUACAUUACAUUACAUUACAUUACAUUACAUUACAUUAUAUUAUAUUAUAUUAUAUUAUAUUAUAUUAUAUUAUAUUAUAUUAUAUUAUAUUAUAUUAAUUAUAUUAAUUAUAUUAUAUUAUAUUAUAUUAUAUUAUAUUAUAUUAUAUUAUAUUAUAUUAUAUUAUAUUAUAUUAUAUUAUAUUAUAUUAAUUAUAUUAAUUAUAUUAUAUUAUAUUAUAUUAUAUUUAACAAAUAUAAAACAUUUUCCGUGUUGAUAUACAGUUAUAUCAACACGAGUGGAAAUUGGGAAAACGAGAAAUUGUGUGGAAACACGACGCCCAAAGGGCGGAGUGUUUUCAUACAAUUUCGAGUUUUCCCAACUUCCACGAGUGUUGAUAUAACUAUAUAUCAAUACGGAAAAAAUGUUUUAUAUUUUUUUUAUAAUAUAGCAAUGUCAAAAGCCCGAAGAAUAAGAACAAUUUCCGUGUUACAAGCGGCGGAAAAUUUCCCGUGUUGACAUGGAGUUAUAUCAACACUGCUCUUAGCCAAUCAGCGUUCAGAAUUUACAAAUGCUAUAUUAUAAUAUAUUAUAUUAUAUUAUAUUAUAUUAUAUUAUAUUAUAUUAUAUUAUAUUAUAUUAUAUUAUAUUAUAUUAUAUUAUAUUAUAUUAUAUUAUAUUAUAUUAUUAUUAUUAUUAUUAUUAUAUUAUUAUCAUAUUAUUAUUAUUAUUAUAUUAUUAAUAUUGAUAUUAUAUUAAUAGUAUAUUAUUAAUAAUAUUAUUUAUAUUAUUAUUAUUAUUAAUAUUAUUAUUAUUAAUAUUAUUAUUAUUAUUAUUAUUUAUUAUAAUAAUUUAUAUUAUUUUAAUUGGAAACAAUUAUAUUUUAUCGCCAUGCAAACAUUCAAAGAACUUAUAUCGAUUUUGUCCACUCCACCAGUUUAUACAUUCGUAAUACUAUAUCUGCAUGUUCUAAACAUUCAUAUUAUUACGUCUUCCUUGCAUUGAAAACACUCAAAUUUCAAGAAAACGCGCUAAAAUUGUCAAUAUUUCAUGCAAACGUAAUGUUUGUUCUUAAAUUCUUAAGUUCAUAGUAUAUUAAUUAGAAAACAUAUGUCAGCAGAAGACGACAUAUUUCUCUCGGAAGCAUCCUAAAGUAAUUUGAAUUCAACUGUCUCGAAGACCGGUCAAAAGAACAAAACAUCGAUAACUAUGUGUGACGUUUCUAAGGGGAGGGGGGUCCCAAGAGACAAAAUUGAUAUGUGAGACUUCCCUUAUUUGAACAAUAUCUAUAUUCUUAAAGCGGCAGUCAAGUCCGUUAUGCUCACGUACAUGUUUUGUUUAUAUUGUUUCAUGUUUUGUUUCAAACAAUAGAUAUAUAAUUCAAUCGAAAUUCAGAUCUAUAUCCUAUCACACUUCUCGUAUUUACUCCUGCAGACCGACUCCACAACCUUGUCGGAAUCCUGCAGACCAACUCCACGACCUUGUUCCACAUAACAAAAAUCAAAGAAAAUAUCUCAGGAACGUAAGACCUUUUACUAUUCCAAUAUGUGAAACCAAUCGAUUUAAAAAAUCAUUUUUAAUAUCUAGCUCUCUUCACUACAACAAGAAUAUUUUUAAUAACUCUAAUUAUGAAUAAAUUUUAAAUAGUAGAUUAAAUUAAAUUACCUUUGUAAAUAAUCUAAUACCUUAACAAUUCAGCUUGCUAGCUGCAUAAAGGUUUUCAUUGAACAAUCUAUCUAUCUAUAUUGGCAGAGAUUUUCCCCGCUAUUACCGUGUACCCGCGCAAGCGUUUUACGUUUCACCGCCGUGUUGGUGCAUGCAGGGGGAGCUGCACUGUCCCCAAGUGUUGGCAAAAUCUACCUGUUGGCAAAAGCUACAUGCUCAAUUUGCUUCAAUUACCUAUUUCUUAACAAUAAAUGCGCGUCUAAAUGAAACACUCGCUGCGCCUGACAUGUUUGUGAGAAAGUAUUCUUAUGCUGUUCUGACGUUGAUUAAACUCAAAUCGAGGCUAUACAGUAUACAGGUCAUUCGAGCAUAUCGUAGCCCUUACUGUAGUGUCGCACAUGCAGGAUAUCGCUUUAAACGUUUGCCAUUUACAGGUAAACUACGUGAAGCGUUCCUCUUUUGAGUUUCUAAAUUGAUUGCAAUUUUCCUCAUUACUUUUGCAAUUUAAAAAACUCCCUUGCAAAUCCCUUGAGGAAAUUUGCAAUGUUGCUAAAAGCCAAUAAAAUUUUCCUCAGUUCCUGUUAGAAGUUCUUAACUUCCUGUUGCAAGUUCCUAACUUCCUGUUCUGUUCUGCGUGUUGCAAUUGGCUAACAAAAAUAAUCGACCAAUAACAACGCUCAGAACAGAACAGGAAGUUAGGAAAUUAAAACAGGAAGUUAGGAAAAUUUAAUAUGAAGUUUGGAAUAUUGCAACAGCCGAUAGGAACAUUGCAAAUUCCCUCAAGGGAUUUACAAAGAGUUUUUCAAAUUUGCAAAGCUAAUGAGGAAAAUUCCAAAUGAGUUAGGAAGUCAAAAGAGGAACGCUUCACGUAGUUUACCUGUAAUGCUGUGUACCAUCCUAUAACUGUUUCUUAACUAGAGGUAAGUACUUUUUAAAUGUAACAGUUUGUUCAAUCGUUGUACAUUCGGAAAGCGAAAGAUUAAUAUUUGAUAUCAACGCUUGUUGUUUCGUAACAAGAUUAGCAAUAACAACAUCGUAUCAAACGGCAAAGUCGGCAUACAAAAUACUCUGGAAAAUGUAGUAAGAUAUGAAAGCACAGAUAGCGAAUAAUCGUUGGAGCAGCGAUUAAUUUAUGUAGGUUGCUUACUACUACUAGAAAUGAUCGAGAAUUAUUAAAAUAAUGAAAGAUAUAUUAUAAUUGUUAAGCUCAAGUGUUGACUGUUGUUUUGCAUUAAAAAUUAACUGAACAUGAUUUCAUGAGGUUACGGCAAGCGCUUUAUGGUCGGAAACGCGUUUGAUUACACUCAAGUCUGUUUGAAUGAGCUAUUUUAAUGGCAAGAACUGGAGUAUAUAGCUUAAAAAAUAAGUAAAUUUGCUGUUUUAUAGUGGGCUGAUUGAUUGCUUAAAGGACAUUGGCAAUAAAAAAUUAUUUUAGUUCAUUUGAAAGAACUCUUAAAACUAUAUAUUAAACUCUUUUACAGAUUGUUUAUAUCUUUUAGUUCAUUUGAAAGAACUCUUAAAACUAUAUAUUAAACUCUAUUACAGAUUGUUUAUAUCUUGUUUAGUUUUCAAAAUAUUUCGACUGAAAUGAAGUGAGCUGUUCGCCAUCUUGGAUUAUUGAGGAUAUGCAUGUUACGUCAAGAGAGGGGUCACGCUAAUUUUUUAUCUUGAGAGUAAGCAAUCAAUAUGGGUCCAAAAGUUCGUUUCUGGUUGCUGUCAGAAGUUUAGAAAUGAUUAAAAACAUUUCAAACAAUUUUGGAUUGUUAUUCGGUCAUUUUCGAGUAGUUUUAUGUAGUUAAUUAACCUAACUCCUGACGUCAUCAAAACCAUAGUUAAUGAGGUAAAGAAUUUUUCCAAGAUGGCGGAAAGCUCAUUAAUUUCGGUCUAAAUAUUUCGAGAACUAAGCAAGAUAUGACAAAUCGGUAAUAGAGUUUAAUAUAUAAUUUUAAGAGUUCUUUUGAAUGAGACAUACUAAUUUUUUAUUGCCAAUGUCCUUUAAUUAAUUAAGAAGAUUGCAUCAGACUUGUGAUAGAGAAGUCCACAAUAUUAAGCGACGACCUCUGUCUGCCGGAGCCUAAAGCGGUCCAAAAUUUUAGUAUUAGGGGACGGCGUACUAUUUCUAAUGACCCAAGUUUCUGUAGUAGUACAUGUGAAAAAAGUCGAACAAUCUCAUGUAUUUCUCUUCCAUAAAAUAAUGAAAAAUAUAUCGGUAAUUGUUAAUAAGCCUAAGUGUUGACUUUAAAUUUGCAUUUACUGAACGUCAUUUCAUGAGGUUUCGACAAGCGCUUUAUGGUCGGAAACGCGUUUGAUUCCACUCAAGUCUGUUUGAGUAGCUAUUUAAUGGCACGAACCGGAGCAUAUAGCCUAAAAAAAUAAGUAAAUUUGCUGUUUUAUAGCGGGCAGAUUGAUUCGGCUUACUGAAGAUUGCAUCAGACUUCUGACAGACGUCCGACGACCUCUGUCUGCCGGAGAAACCGGACCAGUAUUUUUAGUUAGUAUUAAAAUUUUAGUAUUACGGUAUGGCGUACUAUUUCUAAUGACACAAGUUUAUAUUGUAGUACACGUGAGAAAAGUCGAACAAUCUCGUGUAUUUCUCUUCAAAAAACAGCUGAAGUAUCAGGGACGCCGGAACUGGGGGGGCAGGAGGGGCAGCCGCCCCCGUUGCCCUUUACCAGGAGGGGCAUUGCAAGGGGAAAAAAGCCCUUUCAAUUUCUAAAUUGAAAGGGCGAAACAGCGAAUUUUCAGAAAUUGUCAGUGCAAUUAGCGAAUUGUAGCGAAUUGUCAGUGCAAUUCUUUUACGAAUUUGCUUCAGAAAACGCAAGAAAUGCAGUCAUCGAGCUUCAAGAAUAGCACAAUCACCUAGCGGAGAACUCCCUCACACCACUAUCAUGCAAUAAAUAGAAAACAUGAUUAGGCGAAGUUCAACUCCCGAUUUUUUGCAAACAUCUCUUAGAAGUUAGAAAAUAUCAAUUCAAAAGUGCCCUUUCACGAAAAUCUACCCCCUUUGCCUUCACAUCGUUCCGGCGUCCCUGUGAACGGUAUAAUUAUUAUUAUUACCACGUAUGCAAACAAAAUAUUGUAUUAGCUAUAAUUGUUGCGUAAUACAGCUGCAGGUCAUGAGUUAUAUUGCUCGUUCACGAGUGUGGGAAAGCUUUAGAUUUUGAAUGUAUUUUAGCCAGCUUCCAUCAAAUUAUAUAAAGCAGUAAAAAUCCUGCAGGUAAAACUUUCCUGAAUUAUAUUCUGCUAUCAGGUCUGCUAUCAGGAAAUCACAAGUAGCCUACUAGUAUCACCAGUACUAGUGCUAUAUCAUAUGACUACCAUUAUUGUCAUCCCCACCGCCAUCAAAUUUCAUUAUCAUUCACAGUUAUGGUAUCACCAUUUUCAACAUCACUACCUUUCCCCUCAUAAUUACCAAACCACUAUUGUCACAACGAAUUCCAUCCUCCAAUUAUUAUCAUAUUACCACAUUCAUGAUCACCAUUAUUAUUUACCAUCACUAUCAGUUUCAGAAUCACUUGAUCAAGCUCCUACUAAUGGUCACAAGACAAUUAGACAAAUUAGUAAAGGUAAUGGCAAUGGCGAACAAUUAUUCCAAAGAUAAGAUUGUUUUCAUUCAAUGUACUGAACCAUAAUUAUUUCAAACAUAAUUUACAUGCACCAAACCUUUAUCCAUGCUAGCACUUAUAAUUAAGCACGCUAAUACAGAACGUGCAAAAAGAAUAACUUCAGUUGGGUGUAUGCAUGGCUACCAAAUAAGCUUGCCAACUUUAACUUGUGUAUAUAUAUAUCAGAUUGCCCAAUAAUGUAAAAGUCUCUUAUCCAUCAAUAAAUUUUGUAAUUUGUAUUCUCCAUGCCGCUGAAUACCUGGGGACGUGUCCCACAGAGAGUAUGUUUAAAAGACGUUCGAAUUGUCAUGUAUUCAAGUUAACUUUGCCUAUGCUAAUAUCGGUCGUAACACUGACUUGAAUAGGUUGGAAAGAUUGAAUAACCUGUCUAACAGAGAUUGAACUAUUGAAGAACUUUCUCCUAUACUUUAUAGAAUAAAAGCUCAACGAGUAUCUCAUCUAGAGGAAAUUCUGCAUCAAAGUCGAAGGUAUUAGCUUAUACGGAUGACGGAUCAUUCAAUUUAAUCUAUCUUGGUUUAGUGUGGAAAACACCACACUUAUUUAUUUCUGCAAAGCUUUCGAUCCAUAUUUCUGGACUUCAUCUGCAAUCUUUAUGAGGGUUAGGGUUAAGAAGAGGGUUGGCUAAGGAUUAUGGUUAGGAAAAGAGUGUAGGCAUCAUUUAAGGAAUAUUUUAUUUUUCUUUGAUCUAUGCUUAAUUUUUCUUAGUUACUGUAUCUUUAAAAUUUAGUUAGCCUGCGAAGUUAUGAAGAACAAUGUGAGGCAGCUCUUCUUGAAGAAGAUCAGACACAUCUUCCACCACCAGAAUGCCCUCGAGACCAGGUACGAACAGAGUACUGAUAAUAUUUUCUAUUUACAACGCGCUUUUAGACUUCCUCGUCUACGAUCUGAUCACAACUGAAUUUACAUAUUAGCCUCAAUCAAUAAUAGUAUUAAAUUACAAAGAAUCACUAUGACGUAAGCAAUACUAUAUACAUAUAUUUACAUUAAGUAGCAGAACUGCUGUGCGGAAAACUAGCGGCACUGCGCUGGGAACGUACAACACCCCACCCACCUUGAUCCAUAAAGGAUUCAUCUAUGAAUCAAGCAUCGCCCUUGUCUUCGCUUUGGAAAUAAGAGCAGCAGCUCGUCUUGGACGCUCAUGCAAAUCAUGCAAGGAACCUUCUGACUCAGCUGAAGGGGCAUUCCCUUCCUUCCCUUUCCCACCCGGUCGAGCUUGAAUCUCUAACGGGUAAAGUUUCUGGUAAACUGGUCUAUCCUUCCCUGCAACUCUUACUUUGGUCCCUCUAACUUCCUUGUCCUUACCUAUAAUUAGUUCUUCUACUUUUGCUAAUUUUCAAUUACCUCGUUUCUCUCCCUCUCCAUACACUGUCACUACAUCUCCCUUCUUCACACUCUUUCUCGCAUUUCCACUCUUACAUUUGUGAAAUUCUCUCAACCGUGUCAGAUACUCACUUUGCCACCUCUUCCAGAAAUGUUGUAAUUUCAACGUAAUAUACUUAAAUCUUUCUCCACAGCUACGUUCCUCUCUAACUACUUCACUUUGUGGUAUGAAGUUAAUAGCUCUACCAUAAAUUAGAUGUGACGGUGUCAAAACCUCUCCUUCAUACUCUUCAUACUCAUCUGUUAAUGGCACUGUGGUAAGUUCAUCUACUGUCAAUUUGGCAUUACCUAGAACCUUUCUAAGACACCGUUUAACACUCCGAACCAUUCUCUCAAAAAAUCCUCCCCACCAAGGCGCUCUUUCUAAAUUAAACCUCCAUGUUACUCGUUUGGUUUGCAAUUCCGCCUUAACCUUAGGUUGGUUAAACAACCAUCUAAUUGCCCUUUCUGCAACCUUAAACGUUUUGGCAUUGUCCGAUACUAUAAGGCUUGGCAUUCCUCUCCUAGCAGCAAAUCUCCGUAGACAACAUAAAAAUGUCUCUGCAGACAAAUCCCUAACUAGCUCCAAAUGUAUGGCUCUAGUCACACAACAAGAAAACAAUGCUAUAUAAACCUUACUUGGACAUUUUGCACAACACUUUACAAACAAUGGACCUGCAAAAUCUAUUCCCACAUUAGAAAAAGGUCGACGUCCGGUUUCCCUAACUCGAAAUCCUGGAAAAUCUGCCGUCUGUGCUACACUAUAUGCCUUUCCCUCUAAUCUCCUACAGGUGACGCAUCUUCACCUUUCACAACCCAAUAUUUUGUCCUUAAUCGUCCUAAGGUUGCCCGUACACCACAAUGAUGUACUUCACUGUGACAUUUCUGGACAAUCAAUUCAGUCAAUCUGUGGUCCUUGGGUAUAAUGAUUGGGUGUUUGGUAUUAAACUCUAACUCAGAAUUAUGUAAUCUACCUUUACAUCUCAUAAUGCCUUCCUCUUCUAUCAAACCUAAACUAUUACUCAGCUGGGUGUACUUUCUAUCUACUUUCAACCCUGCCUGAGCCUCUUUAAUCCAUAUACUCUCUGCCUCAACUAACUCACUCACUGUCAACUCUCCCCUUUGCCUAUCAAUGCCCCUUGCUUAUGCUCGUACAUUAAACCCAAACCUAAGUACCCAAGCUGUUACUCUAAAAAGUCGUUUCGCUGUCCCAUAAUCCUUCUAGUCAAUCACUCUACUUAUACUAGAUGGCUCUGUCACCUCUACAACCAUUACUACAGACUUUCGUUCCUCUUCCAAAACGGUCUUUGUCUUACCAUGCCAGUAGCCUCAAAUUUUGGCCACUCCUCUUUGGACUUAGUUAGCCAAUCUGGCCCCACCCACCAUAGCUUGUUAUCUUUCAAUUGUGAAGCAAUUACACCUCUAGACCCAAUGUCAGCUGGAUUUUCAACUCCAGGACAAUGCCCCCCCCCCCCCAAUCCCCUUUGUUAGCUUCAAGAUCUCAUUUACUCGGUGGUGGACAAAUUGUUUCCAUUCACCCCUGUUCAUUAUCCAGUAGAGUGCUGUCAUACUGUCAAGCCAAAACUUGGUACUAUCUAUCCUAACCUGGUUUUCAAGUGACGCUUUUACUGACUUCAUAAUCUGCGCUAAGAGCUUCGCUGACAUUAACUCUAACCUGGGAAUACUAGUUGUUUUUAAGGGAGCUACUCUUGCCUUUGAUGUCAAUAAGCGUACAUAAACCCCUACAUUAGUACGAUGCACAAAAUAUACAACUGCACAGUAUGCCUUCUUGCUCGCAUCGCCAAAUCCAUGCAAGGUACACUCCAAAACAUCUUCUGCACGAUGUUGAUAUAUACAGCGAGGAGUGGUAAUUUCCUUAGUUUCUAUCAAAUCCCUGUACCAACCCUCCCACUUAUGCAGUAACUCCUCAGUGAAGUUUUCAUCCCAAUCAACUUUAUCCUUACAUACUUCUUGUAACAAUAUUUUGGCACAUACAAUCACUGGACUAACUAUUCCGAGAGGAUCAAAUAAAGUUGCUAAAACACUCAAUAGAUUUCGCUUUGUAGGUGAUAAGGUUUUUGCCCUUUCCCCCACCUUCGCAAUCUCAAACUUAAACUCAUCGCUUUUGUUAUCCCAUGCCUGUCCUAACACUUUAUGGCAUUUUGAUUCACACCCUGUUACUCCAAGGGAUAGUUUUGCAUAUAUGUUUGUAUACAACAUCAGGUCAUUCACCAACAAGCGUUCCUCAUAUGCUUCCAUCAAGCUUCCAUCAUUUGUUUCAGAAAGUAUAAAUAAUUUUUAUUUUAAUUUAGUGCUUAAAUCCACUAUUGAACAGAACGAUGACGAGAAGAGAAGUCUGUUAGAAAGGUAUCAGUAUAGUUUUGCUGUUAUUUACUGCUUUACUCUGUCUAUUGUUCUCUGUUGCGUGAGCUGCAUUGUUUGAACAUAUUUAUUACACGAUAACCAUUUCUGUUACAAAAAACUGCGCUAUAAAUAUGGGUUUAAUUUUGUGUGGGUCCUUUUAUUUAUGCUGGAUUGCUCUUUUAUUUAGUAUAGGUAAUAUAUAGUACGGUUUCUAGUGCAUGCAAUUUGUAAAAAACAUGCACGAGUGAAAAAUUGUGCUCUAUAUGUUGUGUUUUUCCUAUUUUUCAUGUUAGGGAAAAGAAGAAUAAUGUAAUCUGCGAUCCAGAACAAAGGGUAUCUAGGAAUUAUAAUUCAGUAUUGCUUCUAAACAUAUAAAAGACUGAAGGGCUGACAUUUGCCUGAGAUCCUGAGAUAUACGUGUACGUGCAUGAGAAUUAAGUGCCUGUAUAGGAGGUUUGACACGGUGCGCUUACAUAUAGACAUGCAGCUAUAUAGCUACAGUAAUAGCCCAAACCCUAUCAAUUGGACCAUUAUAUGCAAGUCAGAAUUAAAAUUUAUCUCACUAGUGAUAUCUGGUACUCGAAGUCCAUGCAAACAUGUUUACUGCACUACAGACUAGCCCCUAAUGCAUGAAUUGCAAAUGCUAAUUGGCCUCCAUGAAAUUAGUGUUCAAGUUCCUAUAUACGAUAGCGAGUCUUACAUUUAUAAAGUAGUGGCUCAUCAGCAAUGUACACCAUUGUUAUAAAGCUUUCCAGGCUAAAGGCUACGAGCCCAGAAAGUUUGUAAACAUUUUAUGGUUUCGCAAACUUCUUUCAAAAUUUCAGAUUUAUCAGUUUUGAAUGAAAAAUUCUGAACAACGUCUGACUGAACAAGAUUGAUCAAGUGCAGUAAAAACGUGCAUUUGGAGACUGGAUAUACUUCCAACAGCGAAUUCAGGGCCGUAUACCAGAAACCCUUUAUAGAAGUAAAGUCAACAAGAAUAACUGUUAAAUAAGAAUAACUGUUAAAUAUGAAUAACUGUUCGCAGAAUAACUGUUAAAUAUCCGGUUCCGGCCGGAACUUAAAAUAUUAAUUUCGGUUCACUCCUAACUUUAUAUAUAUGAUACUUGACAAGUAUGCCAUUUUAUAUUACAGGAAUCUGAACCCAAAUACCAAAAACUGGAAAAAGAAAUCGAAGAAAAAAACCGAAAACACGAGAAGUAUUGGGAUGAGAAUAAGAAUAGAAUACAGCAAGAGAACAAGAAAAGUCUCAUUGGCCGACACUGCAACUACGCCCUCACCUACCAUCAUGUAAGAGCGGGCAAAAUCGUUGACAAUCGUUUCGUAAGGAGCAAGAUGCACUUAAAUGGGCGCACAGAAAUAGUCAUCUUAUGGAUGAUGAUAAGCCUGUCAUCAGAAUAUGGCCGUUACAUAAAGAGCAUGGCCGUGGAUGGAUAGGCACUAAAGAUUUGAAAUGUAUUGAUAUCACCCUGAUAGAUCCAUCCGCAAAAAAAAGGAAAAACAAUCCGCACAAAAAGGAGAAAGUUGUAUCUGAAGAAAAGGGUAUGUUUGACACAGGCGCGGAUAUCGCAAGCGUACCGUACCAUCCGCAAUCCUUCAAACAACUGAUCCACUCAAAGACUAGGUUAAAUGAUAAGUGGAUGCCAGUUGUUUACGGUCAACUGAUCAUCAACGGUGAAAAGUUAAGAACGAUUUAUCCGCUCGAUCUGGAAAAGGACAGUGAUUGGUGCGCCAUUGGGAUUCCUCAGAUAAGGAAAUUGAAGUCUAGAACCAGCAAAAGGAUAAUUAAGAAAAUAACUAAAGUUCUCACUUCAGAAAAAUAA